GAGAGGAUGGGUUAAUAAAGCUGAGAUUUAACAUGAUAUAAUUUAGAUGUAGGGUCGUUUCGUUACCAUCUUGAUUCGGGUGCGGAGCAAAAAGGGAGAUGCCGAGUUUUAUUGCUUCCAGUUCAAAGAUCCCUGAUUGGACAAAUCUACGAGAAACUCAAUGAUUCGACCAAUGGCCAAUGCCGUCUCUUUAGUGUCCGUCGAGUGAGAAGGAUGCAAGAUGGCAGCCACCAGUGCCAGAAAGUCUACCAAUCCUUUUGAUGAUGUUGACGAGCCUGAAAAUCCAUUUUGGGAUGAACAUGUUCCAGGCAAUCCAGAGAUUGAGGAGGCCGUUGCUGAAUUGAACCUUGGUGUUCUUGAUCUAACAUCAGAUGAGUUCAUCUUGGAUGAAGUAGACAUUCACAUCCAGCAGAACCUGGAGGAUGAAGUGGUCAAGGCAGCCUUGGAAUCGGGUGUGGAUCUGAGGCAGUACUCCAAACAGAUUGAAGCUGAACUUCAGGAAGUGGAAAAUGCCUCGAUCGAUGAUUAUAUUAAGGAAAGCCAAAACAUUGCCAGUCUGCAUAAUCAAAUAACAGCAUGUGAUACCAUCCUAGAGAGAAUGGAACAGAUGCUGAAUGGUUUCCAGUCAGACCUGGGCAGUCUGAGUGCCGAGAUACAGACCUUGCAGGAGCAGUCCAUCGCAAUGAAUGUCAAACUGAAAAACAGGCAAGCAGUGAGAGGUGAACUCAGCCAGUUUGUGGAUGAGAUGGCUGUCAAUGAGCGAAUGAUCAACAUUGUAUUAGAUGCCCCUGUCACAGAGAGACAGUUUCUGGAGCAGCUCCAUGAACUGAACCACAAGAUACGUUUCGUCAAGGAGCAGGCCUUCAAAGAUGCCUUGUCCUGUCGAGAUGUAGAAGACAUCUUGGAAAAACUAAAACUCAAGGCAAUCUUCAAGAUUCGAGAGUUCAUACUUCAAAAGGUAAAUCAGAUGAAGAAGCCCAUGACAAACUACCAGCUCCAGCAGAAUGCAAUGCUUAAAUCAAGAUUCUUUUACGAGUUUCUGCUGGCCAAUGAGAGACAUGUGGCUAAGGAAGUCCGAGAUGAGUAUGUGGACACCAUGAGCAAAGUUUACUUCUCUUACUUCAAGGGCUAUAUCAACAGACUGAUGAAGUUACAGUACGAUGAAGUGGCAGACAAGGAUGAUCUGAUGGGUGUAGAAGACACUGCUAAGAGAGGACUUUUUUCAUCGAAGCCGUCUCUCAAGAAUCGUUCCACGGUCUUCACGAUUGGUAACCGCGGUAACAUUCUAACAUCUGGAUUAGAAGCCUCCAUCAUCCUCCCCCAUGCUGCCCAGAAGGAUGACACCAAGCAUACCUUUGAGAGCUUGUUCCGCAGCCAGCACUUUGCCCUGUUGGAUAACUGCUGUCGAGAGUACCUCUUCGUCUGUGAUUUCUUCAUGGUGAGUGGAAGCAACGCACAGGAUCUCUUUACCAAUAUCCUUGGAAAGACACUAUCAAUGUUUUUGAAACAUAUGGACACAUACACCAAUGAGUGUUAUGACUCAAUAGCAGUAUUCCUCUGUAUUCAUAUCAUCCAACGCUACAGGGUUCUCAUGCACAAGAGGUCUGUUCCUGCAUUAGACAAAUAUUGGGAGACGCUUUUUGAGAUGUUAUGGCCGAGAUUCAAAUUAAUUGUAGAACUCAACGUCCAAAGUAUUCACGAAAUGGACCCACAAAAACUAGGUUCCAUUGAUGUCAGGCCACACUAUAUUACCCGUCGGUAUGCAGAGUACUCCGGUGCGAUUGUCAACCUGAAUGAAACGUUCCCGGAUGAACGUGUGAACAGGCUUCUUCUGAAGCUACAGUCUGAAGUGGAGAAUUUCAUCCUGAGAAUGGCCGCCGAGUUCCCUUCCAGGAAGGAACAGCUUAUCUUCCUUAUUAACAACUACGACAUGAUGCUCAAUGUCAUAACUGAAUGUACAUGCGAGGAUUCUAGGGAGGCUGAGAGCUUCCGACAGCUCCUGGAUGCCAGGACGCAGGAGUUCAUCGAGGAGGUUCUCGCACCUCACUUUGGAGGGAUGAUGUCGUUCGUCAAAGAUGCGGAGAAUCGCAUCGAGAGAGGACAAGCAGACCAUCUCAAGACCCAAGAACGCCAUGUUGAGCAGUUGGUAAGAGGUUUCUCCUCAGGGUGGAAGCAGGCCAUCGAGCUGAUCAACCAAGAAAUCAUGAGAUCAUUCACCAACUUCAAAAACGGCACAAGUAUAUUACAAGGCGCCCUCACACAACUCAUUCAGUACUAUCACCGGUUUCAGAAAGUGUUAUCUCUGAACCCCUUCAAAGCUCUGAGCGUCAGAGGAGAACUCAUCAACAUUCACCAUCUCAUGGUGGAAGUUAAGAAGCACAAGCCAGCUUUCUAGAUCAGGUGGCUGCAACUCAAAAGAUAAAAUUGAUUGUACUAUUGAUUGUAACUGAGUCUAUGACUAAAACAUACCGGUAUACAAAAUCUUACAAUCAGUUGUGAAUAUUUUUUGUAUCUCUAUUAAACCUCCCGCCCCCUCUGGUUUACACAUAGGCAUCUUUGAGAAUUUUGUGCUGUUCAGAAUUUGAGUUUGUCCAUAAAAUACGGGAUAAAUAUACAAUGUAGAUUUUUUUCAGAUCAAGUAAAUUAUGUCCAAGUAGAGGCUCAGUGUUUGUGAAACAAAAACAUUACACAUAAGACCUCUCUAUUCAAUAGUCAAUGGAUUAUUUUGGACCAAUUUGUUUAUGACCACUUUUCAAGAAAAGAAAGAAUGCACAGCUCUAUAAAAAGGAAACAUUCUUCCUUUCCAUUAAGCCCGCCCCCUUCCCCUCCAUCCUCCUCAACCUAUUUUUCUGCUCACCUGUCUCUCUCGCUCUCUCUCUCUCUCUCUCUCCUUUCAUCUCUUCGUUCCUCUAUCACUCUCUCACUCCCUCUUCUCUUCUUAUCCCUCUUUCUGCUUCUCAUUUUACAAUUUUUGUUUUAAUUUUCAACAUAUGUCAAACCAACUCUGAAGCAUCUCCCUACAGUAUGUGCAUAGGUACUCCAUGUGAAGAUUUAUCUAAUAAUUGAUAUAUAACUAAGGGGUAUAUGAAUAUUUAGGAUGAGUUAAUUAUGUCAGGUAUUAAAGAUUCCUCUCUUCUAACAUUCCACCCCUCUAUGUGGAUUUGUGAUGUCACUGUAUCUGUUAUGAAUGCUCUUUUCUUUCAAGCAUCUGUGUUUAAUACCUACUGUAGUAAUAAGGUCACCAAAUUUUGAUUUUUGUAUUCAUUCAAAAAUUUCCCUUUUUGUAGUAUGAUCAUGCAUAUUUCUUCAAGCAGUAUCAUGUUCCUCUUUUCAUAUAACUUGUUAUCGAAACCAGUUUCUGACAAUUCGUCGGCGUUCAUCCGAACCGUCGUAUCAGUCAAUUUUGGUCAAUUGAAAGUAAAAUUCCUAUUCUAUACCUUCUUUAAUUCUAGAGAGCAAUUUAUUUUAGUUUCUGAGAUAUGUGGGGAUUUCCAUGGCAAUGCCAUACAAAUUGUUGGUAAAAUGCGCAAAUCCCAUUGGAAAUGUGUACUGUAUGUAGCAAAGCAAACAAUAGCUGUGCGCACUUAAUAUUCCAAUACGCGGUCAGCCAACCGUCCUAUCGUCACUGCAUUGACUUGCACGUGAAAGAGCCAUACGACGUUUUGACUACUACCUCCAUGUUUUGACUGACCGCACGCAUUGAAAUCGCGGUCAGGGUUGUUGUAUCCCCUAUGGCGUUUUUACACGGAAAAUCUAAACUGUUCAAACCGAAGUUACAAACAUGUAGCUCUUUUGCGAUAUUUUCUCUGAUUUUUGGUUUUGUGUAAAAUUAAAAAUACCAAUGUCAAGCAAUUGUCUUGGUCUUUCCAACCAUGUAUUUUUCUAGCAAUGAAUAUGUUGUAAGGCUGAGGAACAAAGUGUGGAAAUUAUAGUAAACUUUGAAGUCGAUUUUCUCUAAAAUGGGUUUGCACUGUCGUAUGUUUUAUACGACGGUUCAGAUGACUGCCGACGAAUUGACUCUUGGCCAAUCAAGUAUGAGGAUUUCAGUAUCUUAUAACACUGGCUUAGAAGUUUAAAAUUGAUAACAAGCCUUCUUGAACUGUUACCUGAUUUAAUCUGUUGGAGUCAGAAGGGCAUAAACUUGUAUACUCUAAAGUGUUAAUACGGCUAUUGACAAAUUUCAGUGUCCAAAAAUGUGCAAUCAAUAGCAUUGAUAUGAAAUGUGGAGAGUCAUGUAUUUACUGUAUAUUGAAGUAUUGUUUCAAGUUUAUAAAGUAUUAUUUUUCAAUUGAUAUUCUUAUUUUGUUAACCACCAAGAGAGAUAAGGAGUGAUUUUCUACACUUUGAAUCUGCCAAAUGAUUCCUUAUUUAAUAUAUACAGUUGAGGCCAAAAGUUUACAUAUACCCAUGGAAUUCAGUGAAAUUUGUUCGCUUGCCAAACAUCAUAAAAUUUACUAUAUCUUCAGAAAUAUAAAUAUUACCAUGACGAAUUUGAUAUCAAAUGAAAGAGCGUACUAAGCUCUUUCACAAAAUUGGGAUGCCGUUGGGAUUGAAGUACAUUUCAGGUGGAAUUUUCUUUGAAGAAAAUCAAGAAAAAGGGUAAUAUUCAUUCCAAAUGUAUUCUAUUGUUUAUUAUAUUUUCAAACAUCAUAUAGAAAUAUAUAAAUGUCAAAUAUGUGGUGUAUAUUACAUUUUCUAUCCUGAUAUGUCACCAUUGAACAAAAAAGUGUUAUCUGAAAUGCAUGGACCUGCACCCCCAGUAACAAUAGACUAAUCCUCCGUGGAUAGGUCCCUGCUGAAAUGUUUGUAUUGAGAAGUAACUAGCACAAAUAUGAAAUGUUUUUGUCAAGUUUUUAUUUUUAAUUUGUAUGAAAUAUGAAGAUUUUUGGGGAAAAAUGACACUGAAAUAUUUUCAGCUCUGGAUUACAAAGCAAUGUGAUGAAGGGGCAUGACAUAACUCAUUUGUUUGAUAUCAAAUUUGUCAUUAUAAAGUAGCACAAUUUUUUUUAUAAGAAAGUAAAUUUGAUGUUUGGCAAGUGUCAACUUUUCUUUGAAUUUCCUGGGACUAUGUAAACUUCUGGCUUCAACUGUAGAUAUCUAUAUAUAAUGUAUAUAUAUAUUAUCUGGUAUCUAAUAUUCAAAAUUGCAUACCAAAAUAUUGGUUGAAAAGGAAAGUUAGAUGAGCUGACAAACAUUGUUGUUUAAAGCAUUCAACUUUUUUUUAAAUAUGAUAUAUAUUGUCUUUACGAUAGAGGCAUCUGUAUAUGAAUUGAAAGGAUACUCCAUACUGAAAUGAUAUGAUUUGAAUAAAUAUAGUAAUAUUAAACAAUGAA